GCGGAGCUCUCGACUGGAGCUUUGCUCCGCCCCCGGGGACUGCCAUAGCCACCAUGGAGGAGUACCACCGGCCCUGCGACGAGGUUGGCUUCAAUGCUGAGGAAGCACAUAAUAUAGUCAAAGAGUGUGUUGAUAUAGUCCUAGGAGGGGAGGACUACAAUCAGAACAACAUCAACCAGUGGACUGCAAGCAUAGUGGAGCAAUCUCUAGCACAUUUGGUUAAGCUUGGAAAGGCCUAUAAGUACAUCGUGACCUGUGCUGUGGUCCAGAAAAGUGCAUAUGGAUUUCACACGGCCAGCUCAUGUUUUUGGGAUACUACAUCUGAUGGAACCUGUACUGUAAGAUGGGAGAACCGAACCAUGAACUGCAUUGUUAAUGUUUUUGCAAUUGCAAUUGUUCUGUAACCCACUAAAUAGCCAUUAACUUAAGUUUGUUAGUGUGUCCUUUCUAAAAAGAGUAAUAAUGACUUAUUAAUGUACUAGAUGACAAGUGUGCAAUAUGCUUUAAAGAUAUCAGCAAAAAAACUGAAUAUUGUAAGCGAAAGUCUAAUAAAUAAGAACUUGGCAGGUUAUCUCAUAUUCUCUACAGAUUAAUUUAAAGACACAAAUGCUAGCCAAAAAUUAAUGCAGAAAUAUUAUCUGACAUAAAUGCUAUGUUUAUACAAGUCUUUCACUACCAUUAUGCACCCAUAUAGAUGGUAUAAUCUAUUUAGAUACCUAUAUUAUCUUUAAACUAGAAAACUUAACAGGGAUAAAUAAAUAAGUGAACAAAACGACUGCAAUGAUCAGUGCAGAGAAAAUUGCAUGAAUUAGCUAAUAACUCUCUUACUUAUUUUAAUUUAUUUCUGUCAUUGCAAUAUAAAAUAGUUCAUGAAAAGUAACUUUGACACCCACCACCACCUGCAUCUAAUGUUAUAGUAGCAGCUAUGACUAACCUGUUUGCUUUUCCACGGAACUGGCAAAUCCAUUUUUUGUUUUAAUAACAUUUUCUUGCAUUUACAUUUGAGGUGGAAUUAAAUGAUAACCAGAUUUUUUGGUUAAGUAAAAUGUGUUAAGUAUGUGGUCAACAGUGUAUGACUCAGAUAACUGCCUUACAAUCUACUUAUUCCAUGAGGAACAUUAUCUGUUGAAUGCCUGUUCUGCAUAUUUCUUUGUCAGACAUGGCAACUCUCAACUUGAUGUUCAUGUUGUUUCUUUUGGUAGCUGUUCAGUUGGAAAACGGGUAUCUCUGAAGAAGAGCUGGAAAAGAAAAGACUCUGUACCUUCAUGGAGAACUAACCAUAAGGAAAUCACUAAUUGGUGACAGAAUUAGAGAUAUAAUUUUAAGGGUUGCUUCUGACAAAGUAAAAUACAUAAAAUAUGCAACUCGUACUUAAAGGCCUUAAUAGUAGUCUUAGCUAUACAAAUAAAAUUCUAUCAUUGCAUUAGUUACAGCUAUGUGUGCAUAAUUUAAAAUACUUAUGUGGAGUUAGGACUGAGUGCAGUCGACUACACAUUAAAAGUGAACAAUCAUUAGCAGGUUAUCUAAUAUCUCAGGGUUUAUGAAGAAAAUCAGUUUAUUAAGAAAAUCAGUGAUAAAAAUUAGGGUACACAGCUAGUCACCAAAUGCGAAGUCAGUCUGCCAUUCAACCUUGAAAAUGAAAUCAAUUUUACAUGUCACCACUGACAUCCAAUCCAUGUAAGAACUGGAAUCAUGAUUCAUUGAAAUUUUAGGGUAAAGAAAAGUUUAGUAUUAAUGGUGACAAUAUUAAGACAGGAUUCUUGUAUGAGUACUACAUGCAUGGUUGACAUUUUGCUGAAUAACUGUAAUGGCAAGAAUGCAAAGAUCGGGUUUAAUGCAGUGAUCUGUGAUGAUUUUGGCACAUCAGAAAUUCCUUGUCAUUACCUUUCUGUUACUUUAUGCUGCUGGCUCUUGUACCUCUGGAAAUUAUAAUAGUGACCAAAUUAUCUGUGCAGUUAAGGCUUCUUUCUGAUUACUGUUGUGGAAGCCUCGUUUUCAAAUAAAUCAUACCUCGUGAGCUUGCUAUCUGCUGUUUCUAGUUAAAAUAUAAUAAAGACUAUCUUACUGUGCUGUA